UGAUAUAUGGAUAUAUUGACAAAUUUAUUAAUCUUUUCACAGAAAAGGACCAUAGAAACCCAAAAUCAAUGGAUGAGAAAAAUUUCACCAAAGUGAAAGAGUUUAUACUUUUAGGGUUUACAUCAGACCUGUGGUUACAGAAAGUACUCUUUGUCAUUUUCUUCAUCAUAUAUGUCGCUAGUCUUUCAGGGAACAUCACCCUGAUUUCUCUGAUCUGUGCUGAUUCUCGGCUCCACACGGCCAUGUAUUUCUUCAUUGGGAACCUGUCUUUUCUGGAUCUCUGGUAUUCCUCUGUCUACACCCCAAAGAUCCUGGUGACCUGCAUCUCAGAAGACAAAAGCAUCUCCUUUGUUGGCUGCCUAGCUCAGUUCUUCUUCUCUGCUGGGUUGGCAUACAGCGAGUGUUACCUGUUGGCCGCCAUGGCUUAUGACCGCUAUGUGGCCAUCACCAACCCUCUGCUUUAUUCACAGGUGAUGUCCUCAAGGAUAUGUGCAAGUCUUGUUGCAGCUUCAUACCUUAGUGGCUUUCUUAACUCAAUCAUCAUUACCAGUGAGACAUUUACCCUCAGCUUCUGUGGGAGCAAUGUUAUUGAUGAUUACUUCUGUGAUCUGCCCCCCCUUGUCAAGCUGGCCUGUGAUGUGAAGGAGAGUUACCAGGCUGUGCUCUAUUUCAUACUGGCCUCCAAUGUCAUUGUUCCUGCUGUGCUCAUCCUUGCCUCCUACCUCUUUAUCAUUGCUGCCAUCUUGAAGAUCCGCUCCACCCAAGGCCGCCUCAAGGCUGUCUCUACCUGUGGCUCUCACCUGACAGCUGUCACCUUGUACUAUGGCUCUAUUCUCUUCAUUUACUCCCGUCCAAGUACGAGCUACGCCCUGGAAAGGGAUAAAGUGGUGUCGGUGUUCUAUACUGUGGUGAUACCAUUGUUGAAUCCUUUGAUCUAUAGCUUAAGAAAUAAAGAUGUUAAAGAUGCUCUGAAGAAAAUGUUAGAUAGGGCACCAAUUUUUAAAUGAAAAUACUUGGGAAACAUGACUGUAUCUUUUUUCUAAGUCAUCUCCACAUCAUUGUUAUUAGCCUAGACUCUCAGAAAUAACAAAAAUAAAAAAAAAUUACUGGAUAAUGUGGAAACACUUGACUGCAAUUGUCUUUUUAAGUUGGCACUAAUGUAUUUGAGUAGGUGUGUAAAAUAAAUAAGGUUGGUAUAUUUGAAAUAACUGUUAUGCCUGCUACCUGGGACUAGUCUAAAAUUCCUGAGAUUCUGAGAAGGGUGAAGAAGAGUUUUUGUUUUGUUUUGUUUUGUUUCAUUUUGUUUGUCAUGAUAAAAAGGUUUUUUUUGGCAACAGAUACAGGGAAGAUCAAAUAUCUCAGAGUCAGAAUGAGCUUUCAGUGAAAGAACAUUUCCUCAACAAUUAUAAAAAUCAAGGGUAAAAGAGGAACAGUUGUAUGAAGACCAAAAAUGGAGAUGUAGAUAGAAAUAGGUAGGUAGAGAGAUAGAGAGACAGAUUUCAAAAAGCUUUUACACCCAUGAGAAGAUUCAUUGUGAAAAUCUCUGCUAAGUGAAGAAAUGAAUAGCCUUUAAGGUUCUAUGAAUGUUUGUGUUUCUUUGCUUGUUCACCUUUAUGCAUGAAUUCAUUACAACUUAGAGAAUAUUUCAUUAUGGU